AGACAACCUUCAGCGUGUCCUCACACACUCAGUUAAUCAUCUGCCCACGCCAGGAUGCACCGACAGAGACAUGUUUCCGCCUGUUUGUCACCACAGCUUCUGUGGCUGCUGCUGCUGCUUCAUGUAGACGCAGACACUGUCGCCGCCGCCUGUGUUUGUUUUUUCAACUUUUGAUCGCCGCUCCCGUGUGUUGACAGUGUGAUUUGAAGGUGUUGUUGUUGUUGUUGUUGUCUUGUGUUUGGGGAGCGCUCGUUCGCUCGCUCGCUCGCUGAUCAUUUUUUGCGACCACAUGCAGUAGAGUAUGCGAGCAGCAGCGGGGCUGGAGGCUGGCGGAGACUGGCACUGAGCGGCGCGUCUUUUCUUGGACACAUCCCGGAGAUAAAAAAAAAACCAAAAACUGAGGUUUGGCUCUGCAUAGCCUGCACUCUCUUCCUUUGGCAUUGCGAUGUCCACGAGAAAGACAUCGUUGACGGAGAAGCAGACUAAAAACGGGACGUCAAAAUAUGUGCUGGAGCGAUGCGCUUCUAUCAACGAGUAUUAUGAUGUUGCCUUCAAGGUGAUGCUGCUCGGAGACUCGGCCGUGGGGAAGACGUGCAUCUUGGUGCGUUUUAAAGACGGUGCGUUUUUGGGAGGCAACUUUAUAGCCACCGUUGGAAUAGACUUCAGGAAUAAAGUUGUGGAUGUCGACAACCUCAAAAUCAAACUGCAGAUCUGGGACACAGCCGGCCAAGAGAGAUUUCGCAGUGUAACGCACGCCUACUACAGAGAUGCCCAGGCGUUACUUCUGCUCUAUGAUAUCACCAGCAAGCCAUCAUUUGACAAUAUCAGGGCUUGGCUGACUGAAAUACACGAAUAUGCCCAGAAGGAUGUGGUCAUCAUGUUGCUCGGCAACAAGUCAGACAUGACUGCAGAGAGGGUCGUCAAGAUGGAGGAAGGGGAGAAGCUGGCGAAGGAAUAUGGUGUUCCUUUCAUGGAGACCAGUGCAAAGACAGGAGUCAAUGUGGAGCUGGCCUUUCACGCAAUAGCAAAGGAGCUGAAGCACAGAGCAACACAGCAGCCGAAUGAGCCCAAGUUCCAGAUACAUGACUACAUCGAGUCUCAGAAGCAGAAGUCAGGCUGCUGCUGAUCACCAGGCAGAGAGAGAGACAUACUGAGAGGAAGAGAAAGAGGGAGGGAGUGGGGAUUGAGGUAAAAUAAAAAAAAAAUAAAAAGAAAAAAAUGGCCGCUCUCUUACAAAAAGCCAACCUCAGCGCCAAAACUGAGACGCGGACACCUUUGACUCCUUCACUGAGCUAGUAGUUGGACAGAGGUGAAUCUGGAUUAACCGCCAUCCCAAUCUGAAAUGUGAAGUUUAAAACUCUUUUGUGUCAUGUGUAUAGAGACGUUUGUGGUCUUUGUGGUGACAGUUGUAUCAAAGCUACGAGUCAGGAGUUACAAUCUGAAAUGCUAUAUUCAUCUGCAGGGACAACAAAAAAAAGAAGAAAAAAACAAAUGUAUUAUUCUGUUCUGAAUAAACAGUGGUUUUAUAUGAACAAUCAAAUACGACUGUUGAUAUGGAUAUAGCAUUUUUGCCAUGCAGCUCUCAAAUUUGUCUAAUCCCAGUUUACCAGACUGUGAACUCAACCCCCUUUGGCCUUACAGUCUUCAUCGUCGUCAUCAUCAUCACCCUUUGAUAAUUAAGUGUGUUUAAGAAGUGGACUUGAGUCUCACAGUCAUCAAGUUUGUAGCUAUAAUGAAUCCAUCUGUUCACAUGUGUACUGGUGUUAGAAUAAAGCCAAUGUUUUGAGGGGU